AUGGCUAUAGCUUCUGCGACACGAGACAUAGCAAGUCUUGACCUUAAAGCUGCGCAGGAUGUUAUCAAAUGUGAUCUCUGUUCUAACUCCGUCGAACUGCAAUGCAACAGAUGUGACGUCAGAUUAUGUGGACAGUGUGUCUCAAAACACGUGUCAAAAAUCCAAACGACUCACGAAAUUGUCACUUUUAUCGGACGGAAGUCGGAUCCAAUACUUCCUACGUGUCAGUUUCAUCUGAACGCAAAAUGCGAGCUGAAAUGUCUAACAUGUGACUCGGUAGUGUGUUCGAAAUGCAUUACGACUGUGCACAAGUUCCACGAUAUUGCAGAUUUGAUGGAAAUUUUCAAGUCCAAAUUGGAUACAAUUCAUCAAGAUGUAUACAAUUUAGAAAAAAUAUGUGUUCCUCAGUACCAAAAUAUGAUUUCUAACACGGAAUCUCGCCUGUCCACUCUAGAACCUGAAUAUCAACUGCUAAAAUCAGCCAUUAAGAAACAUGGACAGGACAUACAUCGAAUGGUGGAUGUCGUAACCAAACGGUUUGAAGACGAGGCUGAGAAAAUGGAGAAAGAAUCAGUGUCAACAUUGAAAAAUCGCGUGUCGGAACUCUCCAGUCUGCUGACCGACAUUCAAGACUUGAUCAAGGAAAACAGGCGACUUCUGCAAUCAAACGAUGUUACAGAAGCAAUCUCUUAUAAUGUUGACAUGGGAAAAUUCAAAACCGUGAAGUCCGAAAUGCCUGUCCCUGUCCCUGAUUUUAGGCGAGUUAAAAUCACAACGGAAGAGAUGUGCAAUCUAUUCGGGACGUUAGAGACUUCACUGAAAGGUAGCUUUAAAGAGAAAUCUGUAAACGUGGAGGCUGACAAGGAGAAGAAGGCGGAUAAGGCAGUGAAAGAGGGAAAAGAUUUCUUACUGAUGCCCAGUUUAUCUGCCAUCAUCGACACCAGUUUCGAACAAGUCCAACGCAUUGCUUGUCACGACAAGAAUGGUGUUUGGGUAAGUGGAAACAAAUCGGACAUUGUACGUAUUGACGGAGAAGGGAAUGUGCUUGAAAUCGUACACACAGGUUCGGGAUACGUCCCUCACGAUCUAGCCGUUAGCCAAGACAAGGAACUCCUCUACUGCGACAACAUAGAGCGCACUGUAAAGAUGGUUCAGAACAAAAACCAGAGGGCGCUUCUACGGUACGAAAUGUGGAGACCUCAAGGUAUUUGUGUAACGUCAGAAGGUGGGAUUUUAGUUAGCUUGUACAACGAAUUAGAAGGACAUAGCAAAGUCAUGAAGUAUGCUAUUCAAAGGCAGAUAGAAGAAAAUCAAGAACUUGCGACUCUACAAACAGUAGAACCAAAACUGAGAAUGGUCAUUCAAUAUGAUGAGAGGGGAGAAAGCUUGUUCAGAUACGCAACCUUCAUUGCCGAAAACGUCAUCAAUAACGAUGUAUGUGUGUCUGACCACGGGAUCAACUCCGUUGUUGUCGUGAGUCAAGAGGGAAAAUUCAAGUUCAUCUACAACAAUGUCCUUUCGCAACGGAAAUUUGAAACUUUUUUUCCGUGCAGCAUCGCCACGGACAGUCAAGGUCACAUCCUAAUCGCCGACGGCGACAAUGACUGUGUCCACGUGAUCAGCAGUGACCGACACUUUCUGUGUUACGUCGACAAUUGCGAUGUCUCGGGAAUUUACGGAAUUGAUGUGGACUCCUCUGAUAAGCUCUGGAUUGGGGAGGUUGAUACAGGGAAAAUUAAAGUCAUUCAAUAUUUGAAUGAAUGAGAGAAGUGUGUCGGAUAUUUCUGUAACAUAACAAUGGCAGAAACACAAAUGACUAUGCUUUAUUCGUCUCCCACUUGGGAGAUUUGCGAUGACAUACUUCAAAAUCACUUGGUAUGAGUGUCAUUGCUGUGGCUAGAUUUAUCAAUGGUACUUGUCAGGGGUGUGAUUUUUCCUCUUUUCAGAGGAAAUCCUCUGAUUUACUCAAUUUUCGAAAAAAUGAAACACUCUGGAUUUGAUCUAAAGUGGCACAAAAUGAUAUUUUUCCAGGUAGGGUGAGGUGUUUUCCUCCCUUUUUGACAAGUUUUCCUCUCAUUUCUGAGGAAUUUAGUCACAUCCCUGACUUGUUCAUGUAUGUAAAUAUUAGAAAUGUCAGUAAAUAUAAGUCUUCCAAAACUA